AUGUUGCGCUUAUUUUCACCUUUCUCGGUCAAGUUACCGCUAGCCACACGUGCCUUUUCAAAUUCUGUUUCAGACUCGCACUUGUUGGUAAUCAACGCCGGUAGUUCAUCGCUUAAGUACUCGCUAUUUGGCCUAACGCGUGACGGCGUGGAUGCCGCCAUAUUCACAGGUCUUGUGGAACUGUCCACAUCAAGCAAUAAGAAUGGCCGUAUCAUGCACAAGACGCUGGCAACAGGCAAGAAAGAGAUGAUUGAGAUGCCACUGGACACACAUCGUACGGCGCUUGAGACGACAGUGGGCAAAUUCUUUGGCUCAAAUCUCGACUGCAUUAAGGCUGUUGGCCAUCGUGUUGUGCACGGUGGUGAGGCCUUUAGCAACGCCUCACUCGUGGACAAGAAGGUAAUUGAAGCCAUUAAAUCUAACGUCAAACUGGCACCACUGCAUAAUCCUGGCAAUCUGCUGGGCAUUGACGUAGUCACCAAGGUGUUCGGGCCGUGUCCACAGGUUGUAGUCUUUGACACGGCUUUUCAUGCUACUAUGCCCCCCAAAGCUUACACCUAUGGUAUUCCACGCAAGCUUUACGAAAAAUUUGGUGUGCGUCGGUAUGGCUUCCAUGGCACAAGUCACCAGUUUGUGGCCAAGAAGGCUGCGGCUAUCCUUGGCAAGCCUAUGGAGGAGUGCAACUUUAUUACGUGUCACUUGGGCAACGGAUCCAGCAUUACUGCAAUCAAGAAAGGACGUUCCAUUGACACCAGCAUGGGUAUGACACCUCUGGAGGGGCUCGUUAUGGGCACACGAUGUGGUGACGUUGACCCGGCACUGCAUGCCUUCCUAUGCAAGGAGCUUGACAUGACUAUUCAGGAGGUAGACAUUGUGCUCAACAAGAAAAGCGGGUUGCUGGGAAUCUGUGACGAAAGUGACAUCCGUGUAAUUCAGGAUCGUGUGCGUGUUGGCAAUGACCCGACUGCUGUUCUGGCGCUGGAUGUAUUUGUCCACCGUGUACGUAAGUAUGUGGGCGCCUACGCGCUUGAGCUGGGUGGUGAACUUGACGCUGUCAUCUUUACUGCUGGUAUUGGCGAAAACUCGGCUACGAUUCGUGAAAGUGUGUGCCGGAAUUUGGGCUUUCUUGGCAUUCAGCUGAACGAGUAUAAGAAUGGCGUGUCGGUGAUGGGUGCAGGCCCCGUCGAGAUCCAGGCCGACAUUUCCAAAACCAAAGUGCUGGUUGUCAACACAGACGAGGAGCGCAGUAUCGCCGAGCAGACAUAUGCGAUUGCGCUGAAGAAGCAAGCUGCAAAAGAUGCGUUUUAA